AUGGCUUCUUUGGCUUCCAGCACCAUUGAAUUGAAGGAUGACACCAUCAUCGUGGUGCUCGGUGCAUCCGGUGAUCUAGCUAAGAAGAAGACGUUCCCUGCGCUCUUCGGUCUCUUCCGCAACAAGUUUCUCCCCAAGGACAUUAAGAUCGUCGGAUAUGCGCGGACGAAAAUGGACCACGAAGAAUACCUUAAGCGUGUGCGCUCUUACAUCAAGGUUCCCACAAAGGAGAUUGAAGAGCAAUUAGAUCAGUUCUGCACAUUCUGCACCUACGUCUCCGGUCAAUAUGACGAGGACGACUCUUUCAUCAACCUCAACAAGCACCUCGAGGAGAUCGAGCAUGGUCGCCAAUCAAAGGAACAGAACCGCGUCUUCUACAUGGCUCUGCCCCCCCACGGUCUUUCCCGCAUUAUUGUCGAGAAGCCUUUCGGUAAAGAUCUGCCCAGCUCGCGCGAACUCCAGAAGGCUCUGGCCCCCAACUGGAAGGAGGAGGAGAUCUUCCGCAUCGACCACUAUCUUGGUAAGGAGAUGGUCAAGAACAUCCUCAUUCUGCGAUUCGGCAACGAGUUCUUCAACGCUACAUGGAACCGUCACCACAUCGAUAACGUUCAGAUCACAUUUAAGGAGCCUUUCGGCACUGAGGGCCGAGGUGGUUACUUCGAUGAGUUCGGCAUCAUCCGUGAUGUCAUGCAGAACCACCUUCUUCAGGUUCUGACCCUGCUCGCCAUGGAGCGCCCCAUCUCUUUCUCUGCCGAGGACAUCCGUGACGAGAAGGUCCGUGUUCUGCGCGCGAUGAGCGCGAUUGAGCCCAAGAAUGUCAUUAUUGGUCAAUACGGUCGUUCCCUGGAUGGCAGCAAGCCCGGAUACCUGGAGGAUGACACUGUGCCCAAGGAGUCGCGUUGCCCUACCUUCUGCGCCAUGGUCGCUUACAUCAAGAACGAGCGUUGGGACGGUGUUCCCUUCAUUCUGAAGGCCGGAAAGGCCCUCAACGAGCAAAAGACGGAGGUUCGCAUUCAGUUCAAGGACGUCACUUCCGGCAUCUUCAAGGAUAUUCCCCGCAACGAGCUCGUCAUUCGCGUGCAGCCCAACGAGUCCGUUUACAUCAAGAUGAACUCCAAGCUGCCCGGUCUGUCUAUGCAGACGGUAGUGACCGAGCUGGACUUGACCUACCGCCGCCGCUUCUCCGACCUUAAGAUCCCCGAGGCCUAUGAGUCCCUGAUCCUGGACGCCUUCAAGGGCGACCACUCCAACUUCGUCCGUGACGACGAGCUCGACGCCAGCUGGCGCAUCUUCACCCCUCUUCUGCACUAUCUGGACGACAACAAGGAAAUCAUCCCCAUGGAGUACCCAUACGGCUCCCGCGGACCCGCCGUUCUCGACGAUUUCACUGCUUCAUACGGCUACAAGUUCAGCGAUGCUGCCGGAUACCAGUGGCCUGUCACCAACACUGCCCCUAACAGACUGUAG